CUGGAACGGAGACUGCGCAAUCAUGGCUGGCGGCGACGAUACACCGAAAGCGCCCCCACCUACGCCUGCAGACGCGUCCAAGGACAUGCCCAAGGAUUCAUCGACAGCAACCGACCGCCUCGCCCAAGUCAGCGCACACCUCACUCUGAAGUCCAAUACAACUAGGCAACGCCGCCGAAAGAGUGCAAACUCAUAUCUUCCCGCCGACUACUCGGACAUCCUGGGCCAGGUCACUGCCCUACAAAAGAUCGCAUCCACUCCCGAUCUGAAAAACAGAGGCUACGUGCGGCAGAAAGUUGCAGGCAAACUGUGGGUACGCGAAAGAGUCGAACAACUGCUGGAUCCUGGGAGCUUUACGGAAGUCGGCAGCGUCAGUGGGACAGUGAAGUGGAAGCAGACAGGGCCGAGAAGCGAAGAUCCGCUCGAAUACGUACCGUCGAACAAUGUACAGGGUUUCGGGCGGCUGAGAGGUCGCAAGAUAGUGUUUACUGCCGAUGAUUUUUCAAUCAGAGCGGGGCAUGCCGACGGCGCGCUGAUAGAGAAGACGAUAUAUAUGGAGAAACUUGCGAUUGCACUCAAGCUGCCAAUUGUCAAGCUCGUCGACGGCUCAAGCGGAGGUGGUUCGGUGACCACAAUAAGAUCGAUGGGCUUCUCCUACGUCCCGCCGCUUCCCUCAUUUGCUCAAGUCGUCACACAGCUCAACAUGGGCAUUCCCAAUCUUGGCGCCGUCGUCGGGCCUGCCAUUGGUCUUGGUGCUGCGCGCGUAGUAGCAUGCCACUUCAGUGUGAUGGCCGGGAACAUUGGCUCCUUGUUCAACGCUGGACCAAGUGUUGUCGCAAAUGCUACAUUCGAAGAGGGGCUGUCGUUCACGGACCUCGGGGGACCAAGUAUGCAUUGCACAAACGGAACCAUCGACAACCUCGCACCUGACGAGGCGGGCUGUUUUGAGCAACUGAGGACGGUGCUGAGCUACCUGCCUAAUGUCGGAACCCAGAUACCUCCAGUGAUUGAGAGCGAAGAUCCAAUCGAUCGUGCAGACGAAGGUUUGCGCACCAUUAUCCCGCGCGCGAAGAACCGAAUGUAUAACCCGCGUGCAAUCAUCUCUUCCGUUGUCGACAAUUCAUCUUUCUUCGAGAUCGGUGCCCUGUGGGGAACAACCGCCAUCGUCGGCCUUGCGCGCUUGGCUGGAAAGCCUGUAGGCAUCGUCUCCCUAAACUGCGAAGUCAAUGCCGGCGCCCUCGACGCGCUCGGCAGCCAAAAGAUAACGCGCAUGCUCAAGUUCUGCGACACCUUCAACAUACCGCUGCUGCAGUUCGUUGACAUUCCUGGGUAUGCAAUUGGCACUGUGGCCGAGCGGACUGCGACGAUGCGCCACGGCGUGACUCUCGCAGCAACAUACUACGCGACCACGAUGCCCAUCUUCAGUAUCAUCGUGCGCCGCGUGUAUGGCGUUGCGGGCGGUAUUAUGCUUGAUUGCAGAGACCCAAGGAUGCGUGUUGCCUGGCCUUCCGGAGUGUGGGGCUCACUUCCUCUUGAAGGAGGUAUUGAGGUUGGGCAUAGUUUCGAGCUGAAGGAAAUCGAGCGGAAGCAAGGCAAAGAAGCGCGAGACAAACGAUACAAAGAACUGGACGACGAGUACAAUAGGCUCAUGAACCCAGUGAGGACGGCGAAUGCGUUCGGCAUCGAAGAGAUCAUCGAUCCAGCGUACACAAGACGCGUGUGCUGUGAGUGGGUGAGUCAUGUUUAUGAGAGUUUACUGCCCCAGAGAGUCAUGGAGAGGGUUGCUGGAAAGCUGAAUCCGAUGUUCACGUAGAAGACUGAAGGCUCAUGAGCAUAAGGGACGAUUACAGACAGUUCCAAUCCCGGUCUCCCCGCACAGAUUGGCUGAUGAAGGUGCUGUCCUGGAACGCGUGCCAUGGUCAGUGGUGAAAGUCGCAUCAAAAGUCGCAUGCACGAGUAUUGAGAUAAUUUGUCAGCCCAUGCAGCAUAAGCUCAAACCAACAGUUUCCGCCGUUGCGUGCCAAAAUUCGGGUGACCACGUAGCACACGCAGGUGGGGGGUUGAGAGAAUAUCGAACGGGUGCAAGUGGGUGAUGUCAAGCCAGG